AUGUCAAAUCAGACUGAGGAAAAAAAUCAGGCUGUAGAAAAGGAUGUAAAGAACCCGGUGGAGGAUGCAGUUUCUUCCGAGACUCCAAAAUACAUUCAAACAGAACUUGGAGAAAUGAAUGUAAUUGAGUCCAUGUGUCCUCGAUGCGGUGGGAAUGGAACAACACGCCUCAUGAUAACAAAGAUUCCACACUUUAAAGAAGUUAUUGUCAGCAGCUUUGAAUGUCCUCAUUGCUCGGAAAGAAAUAAUGAGGUAACAUUCGGUGGUACGUUUGGACCGAAGGCUGUACGAUAUGAAGUUGAAGUAAAAUCAAAAAAAGAUUUGGACCGACAAGUUGUAAAAUCGGAAUUUGCAACAAUUUGUAUUCCACAGUUGGAAUUUGAGAUUCCACCAGAAUCACAAAAGGGUACUUUGAACACAGUUGAGGGUUUCUUGGAGCAGGCAGAGUCUGGUUUACGACUUGAACAACCUCUUCGACGCAUUCAAAACCCAGAAUUGUAUGAAAAACUUGAGUCAUUUUGUAAAAAAUUGGAAGAAUACCGUACAGGUGAUAUACCGUUUACUUUUAUAAUUGAUGAUCCUGCUGGUAACAGUUAUAUUGAGGCAUAUUAUGAUUAUUAUCAUCCUACUAUUGACCCGCAACUGACGCACUUUGAAAAAGAGCGUACAGAUGUGGAUCGUCAGAUAUUGGGUCUUUCCAUUGAUUACAAUACGGCUCGAACGGAGGAAGAACAACAUGAAGUGGAGGAAGGCCAUUUUGAUGAAGUGUUUCGUAUGGAAACAGAAUGUCCUGCAUGUAAAAAACAAGGAUAUAUUAAUAUGCAUCAAGUGGAUAUUCCAUACUUUAAGGAAACCGUUAUUAUGGCAUUCCGUUGCGAUUUCUGUGGUUAUAAGAGUAAUGAAGUAAAGUCUGGAGGUAAAGUAUCUGAAAAAGGACUCAAAAUAACUCUUCAUGUUGAGUCUGAAGAUGAUUUAAAACGUGAUGUACUUAAGUCUGACACUGCCACUUUGGAAAUUCCUGAGGUGUCGUUGGAGUUGGCACCGGGUACACUGGGAGGUUUUUUCUCUACUGUGGAGGGAACUGUGAUGAUGGUGCGCGAUCAACUGCGGAGUCUCCCACAGGCGGAGUUUGGAAAGGGUGAUUCAGCUGCCACUGAUGCUGAAUCGAAAACUAUGGAGGAAUUUGUGAAGGAACUGGAUAAAUUACUGGAAUUAAAAAAGCCUUUUACAUUUAUUCUUGAUGAUCCUCUAGCAAAUAUUUAUGUGCAAAACCCACGUGAGCAUUUACCACCACCAGAAAAUGAAGACCCCAAACUUGUAAAGACAGAAUAUGUGCGUACAUUUGAGCAGGAUGAGGAACUUGGAUUUCACCAAAUGAAUGUUGAAGAUACGUCGUAA